GCGGUAGUGGUGUCCGGCUGCACGGGACCGGAGGGAGAGGAGUGGCCGAGACGUGGAUCUGUCGCCUAGCCGGCGUGAGGAGUAGCUGGUUAGCUAACUAGCUAGAUGGUGCUUCGCUUUUGCGGUACGCGGAACAGAGAUCGGAGAAGCCAAUAGCUAACGUUCAGAUAGUUAGUUAGUUAGUUAGUUAGAGUAGAUCCUGUGAGUUGCCAACAUGGCGCUGUACGAAUAUGUCACUCGGGACCAACUGUCGGGCUUCGACAAGUACAAGUACAGUGCGGUGGAUUCCAACCCCCUGUCAGUCUACGUCAUGCACCCCUUCUGGAACUCUGUAGUCAAGGUGAUGCCCAGAUGGUUAGCUCCUAACCUCAUCACCUUCACUGGUUUCAUGUUCCUGGUCUUCAACUUCCUCAUGCUGUCCUUCUACGACUACCACUUUGAUGCAUCCGCUGAAGGAUACACUCAUGUGCCAAGCUGGGUUUGGGUCGCUGCAGGACUUUUCAACUUCCUGGCGUAUACACUUGACGGUGUGGAUGGUAAGCAGGCGAGGCGUACUAACUCCUCCACACCACUGGGGGAGCUGUUUGACCAUGGCCUGGACAGCUGGGCCUGUGUGUUCUUCGUGGCCACCGUCUACUCCAUAUUUGGGCGUGGCCCGAGCGGUGUGGGCGUGGCCACGUUGUACUACAUCCUGUGGGUGGUCCUUUUCUCAUUCAUCCUGUCUCACUGGGAGAAAUACAACACAGGAAUCCUAUUCCUGCCCUGGGGAUAUGACAUCAGCCAAGUGACCAUCUCUAUAGUGUACAUCUUCACAGCGAUGGUUGGCGUGGAGACGUGGUAUGAACCAAUCUGGUGGAACUUCCACUACCGAGACCUCUUCACUUUCAUGAUCCUCGGUUGUUCGUUCACUGUGACCCUUCCCAUGAGCCUCUACAACGUCUUCAAGGCGUCUCGUAAUAACACUCUGAAACACAGCAGUAUGUACGAGGCCUUCCUCCCCUUCCUCUCUCCUGUCCUCCUCUGCCUCCUCUCCUCUGUCUGGGUGAUUUUCUCUCCAUCCGGCAUCCUCCAGCAGCAGCCCAGAGUCUUCUACCUCAUGGUGGGGACAGCCUUCGCUAAUGUCACAUGUAAGCUGAUCGUGUGCCAGAUGAGUAACACCCGUUGCCAACCGCUGAGCUGGCUGUUGGUUCCCAUGGCGACGGUGGUGUUGUUGGCGGUUACAGGGCUGGUUGCUAACGAGACGCUGUUGAUCUACGUGUGGACGGCCAUCGUCAUACUCACACACAUACACUACGGAGUGUCAGUGGUGAAACAGCUCAGCGAUCACUUCAACAUCUUUGCCUUCUCUCUGAUGAAGCCCAGCACUGACUGACAGGACCAGGGGCGAAUCGGCUUGCAGGGAGCAGAGGUUUAGACCCUCCCACCUCCCUCUGCAGCCAACCGACACUUCACUCUCAUUACCAUGGAAACACACCACUCCCACCACGAGGAUUCUACCACCCAUCUGAUCUCUGACCCUCCGCCCUGGCACACACACACACCCCCCAACCCCCUUCCCGCGCAGUGUCAGUUUGGGGGCGGCCCUCAGAACUUUGGGGGCGGUAUCCCGGGGCUCUUGGUUCCUUGGCUGCUGAUAGGUUGAGCUGAUGAGCCAAUGAGAUGUUGUUUCCUACGGAAAUAUUCUUCAGCCGGGAGGACAGGAGCCCAGACCACACACACACUGCUUAAACCCAAACACAUCGCUUACAGACAUACUUAGACACACUUACACAAACGCCACAGUUGUUACUUUACUGUUAAACGGUUUAAACACACACACACUCUUAUGAAUGUUCAGUAUGUUAUUGCCUUGGGGAAAUGUCAUUUCAGUUAGUUAGUUUGACAGACAGGUCUGACCCACCCCUGACCUCUAGUUUGACAGGCAGGUCUGACCCACCCCUGACCUCUAGUUUGACAGACAGGUCUGACCCACCCUUGACCUCUAGUUUGACAGACAGGUCUGACCCACCCCUGACCUCUAGUUUGACAGACAGGUCUGACCCACCCCUGACCUCUAACCCCUGACCUCUAGUUUGACAGACAGCUCUGCUCCACCCCUGACCUCUAACACCUGACCUCAUCUGAAUCGUGCGGUCGGUCCGUCAGUUGGUGUGUCAUGGUUCUAUCAAGGGUAUGAAGGCGGAGUCUCAGCUGUGUCUUUUGAUUGGAGUGUUGAGGGGAAGUGAAACUGUCUGUCUUUAUAUGGCAACAUGAUUAUUAAAAUGGGGUUUUGUUUUUUUAUUUAGAGAAAGAACUGAACAAAGAGAAUAUUAUUAUGAUCUAAAAAUACUCCGCUAAUUCAGCUGAGGUGUGUGUGAAACAUGCUCUCACACACGUGCGCACUACACACAUGCUUGGUGAUGACAGUUGGUAGUCUGAGUUAACUGUGAGGCCAGUUCUGACCAAUCAGGGCCCUUUGGGGGGCGAGACAGAGGGUGGAAACACCCAAUCAUGGACCUCGCUCAGCGCUGACCCCAGGAUGACCCCUGAGCUGUGAACUGUAGUGGCCUCUGUAGUCUGAACUCUGACCUCCAGAAUCCUCCCACAACUGAGGUGUCGUCGUGGCAACAGGCCGAUUCGUGCUCAAGUUCUUUUUUUUUAUUUUUUAUUAUUAUUUUUCAUUUGAUUUCCUCUCUGUUAAUCUCUCAUAGCUGGGGUGUUUGUGCGUGUGUGUGUGUGUUGGUAGCAGCAGCGCUUGAAUGAAGAGUGUGUCUGAAAACCGCCAGCGGAGCGACUCACUCUGAGGGAACAGGCUGCCAUGACCACAACCCCAUGAGAUAUACCUGUCACUGUCUGUACUGUCACACCUGUAUUACUGUAACACCUGGUAUACACCUGUAACACUGUC